GUGAUAUAAUUUUCAUUAUUGCAGGUGAAACAUGUUCAGGUAAACGGUAUGCCUCGUAGUCAAUAUCUGAAUUUUGCCAUUGAAAACCUUACUUCUGAUGAUGUUCGUCAUCUCAUCACAGCAGAGGAUGAGCUCCACAGAGCUGGCAAAUUCACACGGAUCUUCCCUACGGCAGAAACUUCUCCCUAUUUUGGUUUCAUGGAUAAACCACGGUAUUAUAACAGACUGAUGGAUGCAUGGGAAAAUGCUUAUGGCAGCUGUAGAGAGAAAGCAAUGGAAAGACUGGAAGCUCUGUGUAAAGAGAAGUAUCACCUCCAAGUGCCUCCCACCUUCAAGAUGCCAAAGCACCUGUCAUGGCAGCCAGGAAUUGGAUCUUGAGCAUGGAGAUAGCCUCCUUCCUGGAGCUGGUGGUCUUCCAUUCAUGGCUCAUGGAUGGUAAAUUCCACACUCGUUUAUUGAUGGAAAUAAUGCAAAAUUUCCUUUCUAAACACCAAAUAAGUCUAAUCACCCUCCAAGAGCUUUGUGCACUCAUAGCGAGUCAUUCCUAUCACCUUGGCCUUUAGUUGAAUUGUUUACAAUGGCAAGAUUGUGUCACGUCAACCCACAGCCAA